UGAAGUCCUUAUGACAUGCUGAGCAAAAGUUUAUAACACAAUAACACUUUCAUUUGUAGGAGAUCGUUAGCUAUCAAACGCUGUCAGCUUGCAGCCUUUUAGUUAAGAAAUGGCUGUGUCAUUCUCCAACGCCACCGUGAGAGUCCCUGGUGGGUUUGCAAACCUUCUAGAGGGACUGGCCAGAGAGGUACUGAGAGAUCAACCUGAGGACAUCCCUGCCUUUGCUGCACAAUACUUUACAACACUUCUCAAGAGACGAGAAGAAAGCGGCAUGGAUCCAGUGAAAUGGGGUGAAAUGAUGGAGCACAGGUUUUCCAACAAUGAUGCAUUUAAGAAUGCACCGAAGCAGGAAAACUGCAGCCCAGUCCAAGAAACCAGGAGCUCUGUCAAUGAAGACAGAGACCCUCCCUUUGAUUUGUCUGAAAACAAUGAGGACAAAUUAACCAAAUCAAAUCCGAACUCCUCCGCUUCACCCGAGACCCUUGAGGCCUUUAAAGACAUUGUAGAGCCGGAACCACAGCCAAACGAUGAGCUAAAUAAAUCCGAGGACGAUUCAGGAGAGACAGAUUCCGAACUUGAUCCGGAGUAUUCAUACAGUGGAACUGCAGAUGUUGACAUCUGCACUGAAGAGCUAAAUAAAAUGGUUGAAGAAGUCGAGGGGCAUGCGGUAGAAAACGUACUGGAGUUCAGUGCUGAUGAUAAUGAAGAGAAUGAGACAGAAGAAAAAGAACUGGAGCAAGUAACCCUUUCAUCAUACGGUGGUCUCGCAAAUGUAGACGUGUGCUCGGAAGAACUGCAGACUACUUUGCAGGAAGAGGAGCACUUCGGGGGCAGCGGAGACAUCCCUGUGACUGAUGCACAUUUUAUUCCUUCUUCAGAAAGCCCAGACCCUGUACUAGUCGAGCAAGAUGUCCCAGAUACCCAAGAUGAAUUCAUUCCAUCUGGUGCGGAGACUUCAGUAUAUGUCGAACAGGAUGCAGAUGAAGAAUUAAAUAGUAUCUCUGAUGAUGAAAAGACAAUAAUUUUUCCUGUUAAAGAAGACCAAAUAGGAGAAACCGGUCAUCUUUCAGAUGAUGUUGCAGAAAUGACUAGUGAUUUGUUUGAUGAUGCAGGGCCAGAAAUUCCUAUUGUGGAGCAUUUAGACUUAAAUGAAGGAAGUGAAAGUAUCAGUGUGUCAGAAGUGGCAAAAACUUUUGAUGACUCAAAUCCAGAUGAAAUACCACUGGGGGUUGAAAACCAGCAAGCAACUGACAUUUUGGCAGCUAAAGAUAUGAGUGAAUCAUCAUUUAUUCUGGAAAAAGGCAGUCUAGCAGACAGGAGCAACGAAGAUAAGACAGGAAUGGAGGAUUUUCCGAAAGUUGAGGUGGAAAAUAACGAUUGUGACAGUAACACUGAUGUCACUGAUGCCUCAGAUGAAAGCGAUUUCCUGACUGAUAUGCAAGAAGAUAAUACAAACGAUGACCCCCAAGAUAUGUCUGAAAUGAUUCCUGUGGAAGCUAUGGAAGGCCUGGUGGACAGUGACCUCAUUUCCACUGGCUUUUCAGCUGAAGAUGUGCACACAGAUGAUGCUAGAACAUUUCAACAAGAUGUGUAUAAAGUUGAGAAUACCAGUGAAACUGAUCAAGAAAAUAACGGUGGGAAUGCACUGGAGGACACACAGGAGGACAAUUUGUUUUACAGCACAUUUACUCAUGAAUCUAAACGCCCUCUUCCUGUUCCUACAUCUGUGGAAAAUGAGCAGGAUUCCACCUAUAAACAAUAUGCUAGAGAUUCGCAAGAGCACGCAGAGGAACCUGAGAUAAAUGAUCAACAAGAUUAUGAAGACAUGGUCCAUGAGAAUGUGCUUGAAAGUGGGAAUAAGGAUGUAGACCAACAGGAGGAGAGCAGCCAGCCUCAGGAAGAAGAAGACAUCAUGGACAUCCCACUGGAUGACCCGGAGGCCAACAAGGCAGCCGCCAAGAUCCAGGCAGGUUUUCGUGGCCACAUGACCCGGAAGAAGUUGAAACCCGGUGACAAGCCCGGGGAGGAGGUGAGCAGCACUGGUGAGACGCUCAACGGCAGCCAGGGGGACGCAGCAGGAGGAUCAGAAGGAGUAGAGACAGAUGAGACAUCCGUGCCAGAGCAGUGAGGAUUCUUCACUCUGGGGACAACAGUUCCUGGAGACGUUCCUUUUUAUUUAGAGACAUGCUGUAGUUGUAGGUUGGAUCUCUGAUCUGAAAUAUGAUCGCUCAUUCUUUAUCAUUUCAGCCUCUCUCUUUCUACCUGUUUCUCUUUCUUUUUUCUUUUGUUUCCUGCUUCUUAUCCAGUCUAAGGGGAAUAACAGUCCCAAACCAGCAUGCAUUUGCAUCUCACUGGGCAUGAACUUGGUGCACUUGUACCCUUCCUCUGUGUGCUCGUCCAAAUGUUGGUGUGAAAGGCAACAAGAAUGCUUGGUUUUAACACGUACUGCUCGACUCGAAACUAUUUUAGACUUGAAAUUACACACAGCUGUUUUUGUAUUUGCUGUUUGCUUGAGAGUUUGCCUUAUUGUGGUGGUUAUUAGAAUGCAUUGUGUUUAAAUACUUUAGGAUUGAUGUGAGUGUGUGUGCGUGUGUGUAUAAUUUAUUGAAUGCUAUUCUCUAUUUAUUGCUCCUAUAAAUCUGCUUUAACCUAUGAUAAUCUGUUAAAUGUUUGCUUUGCUCCCUUUAAUAUUUAUCAUCUCAGUCUGUAGAAACGGAGAAAAAAGAAAUCAGAGCUUCCGAAACAGCAGUUAGCAUGGCUAGCCUUCUGUUCUUUCUUCCUCUUUUUUUUUUUUUUUUUUUUGGUUAUUAUUUUAUUUAGUAAUCAAAGUUGCUGUAUUUUAAUGAGAUUAAGCAUUUUGAUUUGACUAGGAAUGUAUGUUUUAUUAAUGGUUAUAAAGAUCACCUUGCAUGUACACAAUGGAAUGAAGCAUCAGCACUAAACUGAAUAAAAAGCUCUGAAAUGUC